GUGAAAGACCGGGCUUCUGUCCGUGGGCUUCUCCCCGUCUCCGGCGCUCAUGGACUUGCUUGAUCGUCAAGCUACUUCCUCCGUGAUGUGAAGAAAACGCACAUCAGAUGUCCGUCGGCCUCAGAAGCGAUCACCUCUCUCUUUCUGUUCUCCUGGAAUACCAGUUCCGUGCACUAUUCAAUUCCGCCACAUUCCGUGUAACGGGCCGUAUAAAACCAAUCCCCAGCGAUGGGUGAAACUCCAGGUCGACACGCUCCGACACGUCGUCCACACUCUCAGCUCGUCUCCCGAUGUUGACACUCCUCAAGCUCAGCGCUCUGACACUCGUCGUCCCCGCGUAUGCCAGUUCAUGGGGCCUCGUCGCCCCUUCUGGGAACACCUGGAUCCAGAUGGUCUGGACGCAACACGUCCCCCAAGCUCCCCCAGCGGACGUGACCGGCGGCCCGUGGUACUUCUGGUGCGGGCUCGAACCUGACGGAGGCGGGGUCAUCCAGCCCGUGAUGGCCUACCACGGUCCCGAAGGUCAGAUGACGAACCCGAACCCCUCCUUCCCCCAAGUCUACGCUAUGAACGAGCAGCUCUGGUCCCUGCCCUGGAACUACGGACAAGCCGGUGCGCCCGCAUACCAGGAGUCUACCGGGAUCUGGGUAGCGGAAAAUGAUCAAGUAGCGUGUUCCGUCACCUGGGAAAACGGGAUCUGGACACAGAGCGCAAACGUUAUCACGGGCCAGGCGGCGGGGCAGAGUAUAACGAUGAAUACGGAUCCGAAUGGGUUCUUCCUUGGCGAGAACUCGGGGUUUGAUAAUACAAUAUUUGCUGUGUGUGAGACGGAACUAGACGGCACCCAAGCAGGGGAAUGGAACUACCCCAUAGUGUUCACCGACCUCUUCCUACGCGCCGCCUCCUCCUCCGGGGUAGAAGCGCUCUGCUCCGACCCGGUAGGCAACGGCCAGCUCGGAGGGGUAGGGUCGAUCCAGUUUGAAGAUUUUAGCAUGUUUGACCCGGAGACGUGUCAUUGGUCUACGGUUACGCUUUUGCCGCCUUAG